GAAAUCAGUAUGAAGGAAUCAUCAGGAACAGCAAAUUUACUAAACACCACUGGCUCAAAGAAGGGCCGGAAAGCAGUGUUCCAUCCUAAGGAAUCAAACAGCUCAGGACAGCACUCUACACAAAAACUUGAACUCAGAAGAAAGGAUGAGAAUGAAGAAUUUCAGAUGUACAACUUGAAAGGAAGAAAAGCUCAGACAUACAAAGAGUUCAGUGAGACUGAGGAUGAUGACUACCUGUAUUGUGAGAAGUGUCAGAUAUAUUACCUGAAGAGCUGUGCUGCUCAUGACCCCGUGUUUCUAAAGGACAAUUCAGUGGAUAAGGGACAUCCUAGUCGUGCUCUCCUCAGUGUGCCCACUGGACUUCGAAUUGGCCCAUCGAGCAUUCCGGAGGCUGGGCUUGGAGUAUUUAAUGAAGCAUCUGAUCUGCAUUUGGGGCUGCACUUUGAUCCUUUUGAGGGCAAGAUCACAGAAUUGGAAGAGGAAGCCGACAGUGGGUACAGCUGGCAGAUAGCCAAGGGCAUGAGCAGCCAUGAGUACGUGGAUGCAAAGGAUACUUCUUUUGCCAACUGGAUGAGGUAUGUGACCUGUGCCCGGAAUGAUGAGGAGCAGAAUUUGGUGGCCUUCCAAUACCACAGGCAGAUAUUUUACCGCACCUGCCAGGUCAUCAAACCAGGCUGUGAGCUGCUAAUAUGGUAUGGAGCUGAGUAUGGCCAGAAGCUGGGUGUCAAGGGAAGAAAUGGGAUCAACAUGGGUAGAAUCAAUGGCAAAGAUGUGAUGUUGAAGCAUGCUGCUCAUGAAUUCAAAGUCUGCAUUCCAGGAAGCAUUCAACCUGUAAGAGAGCUCAUGAGAGAGAUUAGCAACUGUAGAGAAACAUUCCCACUUUACCAAGGUGACACAUACUGCAUUGAACCCGAGUAA